AUGUACAAUGAAAUCGAUGUUGCUUCAGAAAAAGCCAGCCUUUUGUCAGCCAUGUCAUGUUCUAAAGAACAAUGGAUUUUAUAUCACUACAUGGAGCUGAUUCUGGAGCCAGACUCUCCGAUCCGCAAACAAGACGCUCUCAGUGUCAUCUCGAGCGUGGCCAGGAACAAUCUGGGCAGGCGAUUGGCCUGGGACUUCUUCAGGGGCAGAUAUGACGUGCUCAAGGAGCAGUUUGGAACUUCAUUUGCUUGGCGCAAUGUCAUUAGUGCCAUUACCGAGUCAUUCAAUACUGAGUUUCACCUGAAGGAGGUGACAGCCUUCAAGGAAAGCCAAAGUGGAAACCUGGGAUCUGGCGAGCGGGCCUUUGAGCAGGGCAUCGAGAAGGUCCACAGCAACAUCCGAUGGAUGAACUUGAACAUCCCCAUCAUCACCCAGUGGCUGAGAGAUCAGAAUUAUCUGUCAUAA